CCAUUGCGUAACCCGGAAUUAAAAUCCGAAAUGGAAGGCUGAUUCAAAUUGCGUUUCCAGCAAAAAUAAUGUUUAUUUUCUUAUGAGUCGAAUAGGACUCAUUUUCUGUCGUAGAAUGGGCCUUUUUUCAAGAGUAUAUGCGGAUAUAGACUAAACAAUGCCUUAUAAACUAAGGAUAUCUGAGGAGGAGGUACGGGCAGAAUUAAGGAAAUUGGGUUUCACUAACUUACCAGAUGAAACAGUGGAAGUUUUUCGUCGAGACCUCCUCAAGCUGAUUAAAACUGACCUCCGUAAGCUUAGGCAGGACAGACAGUUAUUGGAAGGCUCAAGAGAAGAGACCACGUACUUGAGCCCCCCUGUUACAUUAGGAAGACAUGGUCUUACUCGAGAGAAAACAAAGCGGCCAGAAGCAUCAACACCUCUCUUACCUGGAAAGCCAGUGAGUUCAACAAAGCCGAGUAGUAAGGGUUCUAAGCAUCUGAAUACUGACAGUACAAUUUCAUCAGCAAGUGAUGAGGAUACUACUGUAGAAAGUGGAUACUCAGACUUCGAGAGUGAGUCUUCCAGGCCAUCCUACUCCUCGGAGGAAGUAGAUGACUCAUCAUCCUCCAUUUACCUAAUAAGAAGAAAUGGCCAAGCAGGAGCCAGACCUCAGGCCGUCGACCCAUCAGCCAAGCAAGGGGCUUUCCGACCGUCGCAAAGACAAUCCAAAGACUCGGCAGAAGAUUCACAUCGAGAUUCACAGGAGUCAGCAUUUGAUUCACACAAGGUGACAGAAGACUCAUCGGUAGAUUCUCACAGAGGGUUCAAAGACUCUGCUGUUGCAGCCCCAAAGAGUUUGACUACAGAGAGGCAAGAAGUUGCAGUCAGACCUAAGAAAAAGCCUGUGAAGGCUACUGACUCUCUGCCAGGAUAUCCAAGAAAGCCUGAUCCAGUAAAUCUAUAUCACUUUUACAAGGCACACUGGGAUAAAUUCAAGACUCCAGGUGAAGAUCCUAGAUCAAAACUUCGCUGGGAAGUGCGCACAAAACUUUUCUAUUCAUCUUGACAUCAGAGAACAAUAUAAUACUUAAAUAUGAAGCACCUGCAAUCUGUAACUGACCUUUUAACUUGUGUGUCAGUUUGACUUGCCUGUAGUUUAAGAAAAAGCACAUUGGUCUUUCCCCUCUUCAUUUUAUUUUUUUCUCCUUUUCCUUUUUUUUUUCCUUGUCAAACUGUAUUGGUCAUUUAAACUCACCUUCUCAGUAUAAAGACAAAAAAUUACAUCUUCAACCAGAUAAUCUAAAUCACCAUAGAUUAUCUAAAUAUAAACAAAAGAUCAUUGAAACUAUAGGCUAAUAUGUGUUUAGACAGUGGAAGGCAGCCUUUCCUAUCUUACAAAAGGGGUUACAUAUACAAGUAAGAGAACUUUUAUGCCAAAAGACAGAACUUGUCACAGGAACUUAGUUUACUAGGGACCAAUUAUUGUUUGUCAUUAUGUAAAAUGUGGAAGAUUUUUAAAAUGUUCAUGGCUGUGAAUAUUCUUAUUUAGUUGACUUAUGUAGAUAAGACUGAUAAAGUACCACCAUUUUAGUAAUAUAUAGAAAAGAUUAGUUUUAAAGGUGAUGAAUUAUGUCUCAGGAAAGCUUGUAAUAUAUCAGUAUUUAUAAACUAUAUUUUUUGGUAACAUUUUGUUUUGUGUAUAUCACCAUGAAUAUUUGGAGCUAUCUUACAGCUAAAAACUGCAUAACCAUUUAAAUAUACCAAACUGAACUGUAGCAUUCAUGAAAAUUCAAGAUUUCAGAGGUUAAAGUAUUAAAAGCUAACUACAGAUAAAUCAUUAUUUACUAGUAAAGUUCAUCAGUACUCAAGAUCCUUUCUAGCUGUCUUCCACACACCCAGGCAGAUUUCUAUAUCCCAUGAAGAUAAGGAAUGCUUUAUAAUCUUUAAAAUAAUAAAUCUCUAUUUUAAGAUUUGCCUUCUGGAUUUUAUGUUAAACUUUUUAUAUUCAACUAUGCAUUUUAUAUUGCAUUAUCAUUUUUUUCCCCUCAGUGUUAUUGUUUAACCCAUAAACCCCAAGGUUAUGUACUGCCCACUAGUUUUUUUUUUUGUGAAUUUUGUUGCACACAAUUGGCUCCACAAGUGCUCAGCCAUUUAGUAGGCCCUAGUUCCUGCACUUGAUUUCACCCAUUCCUUGUAUUCAUAGAUUUUUUUUCUAAUGCUAUUAAUUAUGAUACUGUCAUUAUGAUUAUUGCCUCUAUGAUUAUUUGAUCAAGGAAAAGGAGGGGCAGUUGAGAUAGUUAGGACUGAUACAUGAAGCAUAUGUGGAGCCAUCUAUGUGUAACCACAAACUAAAAUUGAGUGCACAUAACAUGUAUUUUUGCCAUAUAUGGCCAUUGGAUCAGGUGACUUUCUAGCAUAAUAUGAUAAAGGACUGCAUUUAGUAUACUCAUUACUAAUUGUAUUAGUGCAUUCUCAAUGCAAACUUUACCUAUUCCCAUGUGGGCUAAAGAUGUUAGAAUAUAUAUAGUUGGAUUUAUAUUGCAAAUCCUUUUUUAACAAUCUUUUAUAUAUGCUGUCUAUUGAAGUGUUCAUAGAUGGUUGCAUGAGGUAAUAAAAUAUGUUUUGACUUUU